AUGGCAGUUUCUGAAUGUAUGGUUCCCCACGUACCAGAGAAUGGACGUUAUGAUGUCAAAGCAUCCCAGGUGCCUUUUGGAUUCAAGUUAAAUGUCAUUUGUGACGAUGGUUACACAUUAAGUGUAUCUGAGCCUAUGCGAUGUUGCAAUUUCUCGACGUGGUUCGGACUCAAGCCUCUCUGUCAAGGUGUGUCGCAGGACAUGUCAACCGUUUGGAAAAGUACGUUGUUAGCGUUUGGCUUGUUGUUAGGCGUAUCCGUGAUGGUGAACAUCAUUGGUGGAGUUUGUUGCUUUCUCAAAUGGCUUGACUCGGACCACCAUUUAACGGUAUCGGGUGACAUUGACCAGCGUGGUCUGGUUUCAAACGACCAGGAACGUGACCGAGAGAGAUGUAAAACUGUGCAUAUAACAGUCAACACGUCACUGUUGUAA